AUGCCAGACAAGGUCUACGUUACAUACAACCAGGUGCAUAAACUAUGCCAACAAUCUGCUGAUAGGAUUCUAAAUGAUUUCCACCCAAAUCUGAUGAUCGCUAUUGGGGGAGGAGGAUACGUACCCGCCAGGAUAUUAAGAUCAUUCCUCAGACGAACUGGCUCUCCCAAUAUUCCAAUCCAAGCCAUUGGUCUUUCCCUUUACGAAGAUCUCGGUAAAGGUGAAAUUGAAACACCAGGCACCAAAGUUACAAGAACACAAUGGCUUGAUAUGAGCUCGCUUGAGAUGGCAAACUUGAUUGGAAAAAAUGUCUUGAUUGUUGAUGAAGUCGAUGACACAAGAACGACUUUAGAAUACGCAGUCAAAGAGCUUCAAAAAGAUGUCGAGCUUGCGCAGCAGAAGCUCGGACGACAGGGAGAGAAGACUACCUUUUCGAUAUUUGUUCUUCAUAAUAAAAACAAAGAGAAAAAAGGAAAGCUUCCUCUUGACAUGCUCAAUGAGGAUCGAUACCUUGCAGCGGUCACAACAAAGGAUGUAUGGAUUUGCUAUCCUUGGGAAGCUACGGACAUUGAUGAGCAUGAUCGCCUCGCUACAGCAAACCCGCUGAUGUGA